AUGAAGAGCCGUAUCCUGCCGGUUGAAGAAGGGUUAUGGGACACCCACAAUAUCCAAGCCUUGCGUAGAACACUGCAGAGCCACCUCUUGUUGCCGCAGUUUUCACAUCCAAAUCACAUCCCUCCGGGCUAUCACCAGGUGUCAUUUAACAGCCUACCUGAUGAGCACGAGCUUUCCCAUGAUGGCGCCGAACAGCGUCAUGCUCCCAACGACGAAUGGAAAUUUCGCGUAUGGGCGGGAGGUCACCUGGACUUUCAAAAACCUUUCCUUUGGACAGAGGGGCGUGAUGGACCGGAGUCCGUUGCAGUCAACGAAAAGAUUACCGAUACACGACUUAUUGGCAAUGCCAAUGCGCACAAUUCGAAAGUCAUGGUCACAAUAACAAAAAGUCUGUUUGCGCCAGAGCUAGAUGCUCAGGGGCAACCUGUCCGUGGCAGUCGCAACCAGAUUUCUAUGUCAAAAGCCAAAGACAACAUCCUGCUCAGAGAGCAAAAGUACCUAUGUUUCAUGCGAGAAAUUCCGGAUAGCCUCAAGUCAGCGUCUUCAGUGCGCAAGAUAGCGUUCCCUUCAGACCCGGACUACUCACAAACCAUGAUACCCUCAGCAACGCUGCUCUUUAGGUUCAGUGCUCUGACGAGGAAUGCUCAUGCCAUUCAUCUCGAUGGCGAUUAUACCCGAGAGGUGUACGGCCUUCCCAAACCUCUGGUACAUGGCCCGCUAACAUCGGUGUUAAUGUUGGAUGUGCUUGGAGAGGCUCUAGCACUGAAAAGUCAUGGACAAGCAUCUGCCCUCGCAAUUCGAAGUUUCCAGUAUAGGAAUCUCCUUCCACUCUUCGUGAAUGAGCAGAUCACGAUAGCCUGUAAGAGACUCCACGAUACGAAGGCUGAUACGACGAAAUACCAGACAGAAUCUGCAGCACCAUGGCAAAAAUGGGAUGUCUGGAUUCAGAAAGGAGAAGGCAAAGACGCGACUUUGGCAGUUCGUGGUUCGGCUUUGGUGUCGCCAGAGCCUUCCCCUACCUCUGAACGAGAACGAGAUCCUUCUGAGUAA